AUGGCUCUAGAUUUUGUCAAUUCAGGAGAAGCGAUUGGAGUGUUCGAACUCCACAAGGAUUUGAUAAUUUCAAAAACUAAUCAAAAGGAGGUUAUGGCUGGACAAGUUUAUAAGGAUAAGGCUACAUUGAAAGAGGUGAUGGAGAAUUAUGCUAUAGCUCAAAGGUUUCAAUUCCGGGUUGAUAGGUCUAAUGCUGUCAGCUAUGCAUUAUUAUGUAUUUCAGAAGAUUGUGAAUGGAGGAAUAAGGCUUCAAGCAUUAAUAAAUCAGAACUAUUCAAGGUGAGAGAAUUCAAUGAUAACCAUACAUGUCCGCUGAAGGACAAGGUGUAUGAGCAGCGGCAGGCUAGUAGCAGCCUUAUAUGUGGUAUGAUAAGGCCUAAGCUUACAUACCAUAAGAGGAAAUACACUCCAAGGGAUAUUAUUGAUGAUGUGAAAUCAGAUUUAGGUGUAGAUGUUAGCUACAUGUUGGCGUGGAGGGCUAAAGAAAAGGCAAUGAAUUUUCUGAGAGGCGAACCGGCUGAUUCAUACAAAAAAUUACCAGGAUACUUAUAUACAAUGGAUAUGACAUAUCCAGGUUCCCACAUCAGAAUGGCAAAAUCGCCAAAAAAUGAAUUCAUGUACGUGUAUAUAUCCUUGUAUGCCUUUAUAAGGGGGCUUGAUCAUUGUAGACCCAUUGUUGUUGUGGAUGGAAGUCACCUAAAAUCUUACUACACCGGGACAUUCGUUUCGGCAAGCAUGUUGGAUGGUGCAGGUCAUAUAUUGCCACUAGCAUAUGGUGUUAUUGAUUCAGAGAACGAUGCUGCUUGGAUGUGGUUCUUUGAGCAAUUCAAGAUAGCAUACGGUGAAAGGGAAAACAUGUGCAUCGUUUCAGAUAGAAAUGAGUGUAUCAUUAAAUCUGUAUCGAGAGUGUAUCCAGAUGUACCGCAUUUUGCUUGUAUAUGGCAUCUAUGGAACAACGUAUAUAAGAAAUUCAAAAAGAGCCAUGCCAAGUUGAGCGAGAUAUACUUCUCGAUGGCAAGAGCGUACACACAAGCUGAAUUUGACAGUCCGAUGGAGAAGGUGGAGAAGGUAGAUAUUAGGGUGAAAGAAUACUUAAAGUUAGCUGGUUACGAAAAGUGGGCUAGGUUGUAUGCACCUGUUAACAGGGGAUGGACAAUGACGUCAAAUAUUGCUGAGUCAAUCAAUGCCGCACUAAUUUCAGCAAGGGAAUUGCCAAUAUACGACUUCCUCGAAGAAGUUAGGAAGAUGUUUGGACGUUGGAAUUGUAGUAACCGCAAAAAAGCUACACAGACAUACACGAAUCUUGGAAAAAAAAUACCAGGAGAUGCUGACUUUGAAUGA